AUGGCGAUCAUGAGCGAUAAGGUGGAAUAUGUGACGGAUGCCGGGUCCGCAUCUUCGUCGGGCAGAUUUACAUCGUCUUCGCAGGCUCGGCACACCAUCAAAGAGAAACAUGUCAUAGCAAGAUGGCUCACCAGAUACGAUCCGCGCCACUGGCUACGGGUGCUUCCUGUCCCCGAGGCCAGAACUCCCUGUCCCGAGCAUACAGCAAGCUUUUUCAGCAGACUGACCUUUCAGUGGAUGUCGCCGAUGAUGCGCACGGGCUAUCGGCGGCCUCUUGAGCUGGACGAUAUCUGGCUGGUCAAUCCGGAUCGUGGAAUCGAAGUCAUGAUCGAGAGGUUUGACGCUCACAUGGAACGUAAUACGGCCCAAGAUGUGACCAUGCCCUUGCUCUGGGCGCUGCAUGCCAGCUUCGCAAAGGAGUUCUGGAUCGGAGGGAUGUGCCUGCUCAUUGCCUCCAUCUGUCAGGUUAUGUCUCCUUUCACAUUACGCUACCUCAUCCAAUUCGCCCAGGACGCCUAUGCCGCUAAAGCUGCCCAGGAGGAUGCGUCCAUUCCGUCAGGCGCUCCGCCCGGUCCAUCCGUCGGGAGAGGCCUGGGACUGGUCUUUGCAAUCAUGGGACUUCAGCUCAUACAGAGCGUUGGAACCAAUCAGUUCAUGUACCACGGUUUCCUGGUUGGCGGACAGGCUCGCGCUGUGCUGAUCAUGGCUAUCUUUGAGAAGUCCCUGCGACUGUCGAGCCGAGCCAAAGCCCAGGGUAAAUUAUUUCACAAGCAGACCUACACGCCAAGCCCCACCGACUCGGCAAAUGGAUCCGAGAAUGCCUCGAACAACGAGAAUGCCUCGAACAACGACACAGUGUUGGCAAGUGAGAAGCAGCCGUGGUCCAAUGGGAGGAUCAUGACUCUCAUGGCGAAUGACACCUCCAGGGUCGACCAAGCCUGCGGCAUGUUUCAUCUUGUCUGGACCUCGCCUUUCACGAUUUUGCUCACGCUGGCCAUUUUGCUCUCGAACUUGACAUACUCUGCACUGUCGGGCUUUAGUCUGAUGUUCCUGGGACUACCAAUUUUAGUGAUGGUCAUCAAAUCUCUCGGCAAACGAAGGAAGGCAAUCAAUCGCGUCACGGACAAACGAAUGUCGUUGACCCAAGAGAUACUGAGCUCUAUCCGAUUUGUGAAGUAUUACGCAUGGGAAGGAGCGUUUUUGAAAGAGCUGAUGGACAUUCGGCGGCAGGAGACAUCGAUGAUGCAGGGCCUCCUGACCACAAGAAACGGCAUCAAUGCGUUCUCGUACUCAAUGCCCGUCUUUGCGGCGAUGCUGUCAUUCAUCACAUACUCUCUGUCAGGGCACAAUCUGACGGCAGCACGUGUGUUCUCCUCACUUGCGCUAUUCAACGCUCUUCGUUUGCCUUUCAACCUUUUGCCCGUCGUCAUUGGACAAGUCGCUGAUGCAUGGUCAUCUAUUGGUCGUAUUCAAAGCUUCCUGAUGGCAGAGGAGCAUGUGGCUGCUAUUGUCACGGACUGCCAGCUACCAUACGCUGUCGAGACUCGUGCAGCUAAUCUCGUAUGGGAGGCCACAGCAUCGCUGAAAGCACGAGCAGAACAACCUGAAGAUAUGGGAGAAGAACGAGCGAGUGCAGAAGGGAAGCCAUUUGGUGUUCACGAUAUCGAUAUCUCCAUCGGUCGCACUGAGCUGGUAGCCAUCAUCGGAAAAGUUGGAUCGGGCAAAAGUUCACUACUCGCCGGCAUCGCUGGUGACAUGCGGAUAACCUCUGGGCAUAUCAGUCUGGGUGGCUCCCGCGCUUUCUGCCCGCAAAAUGCAUGGAUCCAAAACGCCACACUGCAGGACAAUGUCUUGUUCGGAAAGACAAUGGACGAGGCGUGGUAUCACCGAGUCAUCCACGCCUGCGCACUGCAAGCCGAUUUCGACGCACUGCCUGCCGGAGAUCAGACCGAGAUUGGGGAGCGUGGUAUCAACCUAAGCGGUGGUCAGAAGCAGAGAGUGAACCUGGCCCGAGCGAUAUACUCCGACAGCGACAUCAUUAUCAUGGACGAUCCACUCUCGGCGGUCGACGCCCAUGUUGGCCGGCACAUCUUUGAGGAAGCCAUAUGUGGCCUUCUCAAGGAUCGAUGCAGAAUCCUGGCGACCCAUCAACUCAAUUAUCUUGAGCGAUGUGAUCGUAUCAUCUUGCUGGAGGAAGGCCGCAUCACCGCAUCCGGAACAUUCAACGAUUUGGUAGAGACUGACGAUGCUUUCAAGGUGCUGCUUACGUCUGUGACGCAGAGUGAGCGUAUCGUUGACAAUGACACCCGGCCGCAUGCUGCUGAGCCCCCAGUCUCAGGAAAGGUGCCCGACAACGAAAACGUGCAGCUGAUGCAGGAAGAGGAGCGUGCUGUAAGCAGCGUACCAUGGUCAUUGUAUGGAAAUUACAUCCGUGCAUCAGGGUCGAUGUGGAAUUGCAUCCUACCAGUCUCCUUGCUGCUGCUCUCGCAAGGAGCAAACAUCACGACCGGGCUGUGGUUGUCCUACUGGACAUCCCACCGAUUCGACCUCUCUCGAGAUCAGUAUGUUGGGGUUUACGUCGUGCUUGCUUGUCUUCAACUGCUGUUCAUCUUUACUUUCUCAUGGUCACUCUCAAUCUUGGGAACACGGUCAAGCCGAAGACUGUUCGAUGAUGCCAUGGCAAGGACUCUGCGAGCGCCGGCUUCCUUCUUCGACACCACACCCUUGGGGCGAAUCACAAAUCGCUUUUCAAAAGACGUUGAUGUGUUGGACAACACCCUUACGGACGCGCUGAGACAAUACAUGUUCACGCUCGCAAUGAUCACAAGCGUGUUUGUCCUAUUCGUGGUCUUCUUUCACUACUCCGGCAUCGCUCUCGGACCCAUGCUGCUACUGUUUCUUCUCGCAGCAGCCUACUACAGAUCCUCGGCGCGAGAGAUCAAACGCCAUGAGGCAAAUCUCAGGUCAAGGAUGUUCGCUCGAUUCAGCGAGGCUCUCACCGGGAUUCCGAGCAUUCGUGCAUACGGCCUUCAGCAUCAAUUCACACAGGUGCUGCGAGGAGCCAUCGAUGAUCUAAACUCCGCUUACUACUUGACAUUUGCCAACCAGAGAUGGCUCAACACGAGACUGGACGUUGUCUCGAAUUUGUUAGUCCUGACCACCGGGAUCCUACUCGUGACUCUCAGGUUCUCGAUCAACCCCAGCAUUUCCGGCCUGGUCUUCUCAUACAUGCUCUCCAUCGUACAAAUGGUGCAAUUGCUCGUCAGACAGAUGGCCGAGGUUGAGAACACCAUGAACUCCACCGAGCGUCUCAUAUUUUAUGGCACGAGACUCGCACAGGAGCCCGAAACGGAUAGCCAGAAAUCGCCGCCUCCUGCUUGGCCCGAGCGCGGUAGCAUUGUCUUCAAGAAUGUGGAGAUGCGAUACCGAGAAAAUCUACCGCCCGCAUUGAAGGGACUGAACAUGACCAUAGCAAGUGGAGAGCGGAUCGCCAUCAUCGGCCGCACCGGAGCCGGUAAAUCCUCGAUUGCCAAUGUCCUCUUUCGCUUGACGGAGCUGGACAGCGGUAGCAUCACCAUCGAUGAUGUCGAUAUUUCCCAGGUGGCCGUCCGAGAGCUCCGCUCGCGACUGUCCAUAGUGCCACAGGAUCCCGCACUAUUCCAGGGCACCGUGAGAAGUAAUCUCGAUCCCUUCAAUGCAUAUGAAGACCUCCAUCUCUGGUCCGCUCUUCGACGAGUCCGUUUCAUGGCAGGAUCAGAAGUGGCAUUCACGCCAGAAUGUCCUGGCCGUCGCGGCAUCCACCUUGAUUCGCACGUGGCAGAAGAUGGCCUCAAUUUCUCCCUCGGACAGAGACAACUACUUGCACUAGCUCGAGCACUGGUCCACAACUCUCAGGUCGUGAUUUGCGACGAGGCCACGUCUUCGAUCGAUCUGGAAUUGGAUACUUUGAUUCAGGAGACGAUCCGCUCUAGCUUCGCCGGCCGCACCUUGUUGUUCAUUGCGCAUAGGUUGAAGACGGUGAUCAAGUACGAUCGGGUGUGUGUCAUGGAGGCCGGGCAAGUGGCGGAAAUGGGCAGUCCGAGAGAGCUGUGGGCGCAAGAAGGAAUCUUCAAGGACAUGUGCGAACAGAGUGGGAUUGGCGAGGACGACCUGUCUUGA